AUGAGUGGUGUCCUCCAGGCCUCUACUGUGGGACCGGUUCUCUUCAAUAUCCCAAUCAACAAUGUAGACAUGAUAAGAUGGCCACCAAUUGUGGUUUGUUACAUGCAUGGCUAUGAGUAUGGAACAAAAUCUGUUAGUAUCCAUAAGCCACAAUGCUUGAAAAAAAAAUGGCAUCAAGAGCAUGACAAGCACUUGGUAAAGAUGUUGAAAAGGCCAGAGCUCAAGAAGCCUGAAAUCAGUCCCUUACAAGCCAAAGGUUUCUAUGAUCUUGAUUCUUUAAAAUAGGCUGCCUGGAUCAGCGCCCAGAACCAGCUAGUUCCAUGUGAUGUUUGUGGGCGUACUUUCCUUCCAGGCAGACUGAUCAUACACCCAAAGUCCUGUAAACUGAAACCUGCAGCAUGA